GCAGCCCAGCCCAUUCUCCGCCCUGACGUCCUUCCUCGAUGCUGCUGUGACACGCUGCUUUUCUAAAGAGGAACAUUGCAUGAGCGGCUGCCUGAUCCUUUUUUUUGCACUCCGAUGAAAGAAAGAGGGAUGAUGGAAAUGGAAAUCUAUAUCCCCCCGUCAUUUAUUUCCCCUUUUUUUCCUCCUUUGUUUUAACACCCUUUCCGCUUUUUCACGACUGCGAGGGACUGAAAGAGUGAGCAGUAUCCGUCUGACUUGCGCCUGGAGGCUCUUAGAUCUGGAUUUUGUAAAUGCUGAUUCAUUGAUUUUGCUGGAAAUGUAAAAUGCAAAAAGAAGGAGAAGUCCAGCAUGAUAGUGUUUACACGAGAUCUGAUUAUUCAACCUAAGACACUGGUUUAUAUUUGAUAAUUGUAUGUCUCUUGUAUGGUAGAAGCGUUGAGAAGAGGAAGAGUGUGAACUGCUCUUGUGUCAUGGGAGGCGGUGAGGUUAUGUGAGAAUGGAAACGCUGCUCUGGACAUUUCAGCUUUUCUUAACAAAAAAACAGCUUCUACAGUCAGACUGAUGCGGACAACAAAACUUUCGUCUUUAUAUAAUUUAUAUAUGUAUUUAUUCUUGAAUCUACUAUUAUCAGGUUAAGAAGUAAACAUGUGGCGGAUUUGAAAAAGGAGGGGUGGGGGGGAAUAGGUGCUGUGUUACAGGAGAGACCGAGAGAACGAGACAGAAGGAGCCAAGCCCAGUCUGGGCUGAAGAUCUGGGAUUGUGAUUGAUUUCUCCUUCAUGAAGAAGAGGAGCGGAGAUGCAGAGGUCCAAAUGACACCAGGAUUUUCUUAGCCAGGCUAAAAAAAAAAGGAAAUUUGAUAAUAAAAAAAACAAACAAAAAAACAAGUCGCUGCCGGAAGAAAGAGCUCAGGGACCAUGUCUUCUCGGGCAACGCUGCAGAGCGACAGGAAUUCAGACCACCAUGCAUCACUGUCUGCCAGUCGCUCGGACAAGGGCUCAGCCUGGUCGAAUCGCUCGCUGGGUGCACGCUGCCGCAACUCCAUCGCCUCCCUAUCGGACGAACAUCCUCACAUCGGCAACUACCGGCUGCUCAAAACUAUUGGCAAAGGCAAUUUUGCAAAAGUGAAGCUGGCACGCCACAUCCUGACUGGCAGAGAGGUCGCGAUAAAGAUAAUUGACAAAACCCAACUCAACCCAACCAGCCUGCAAAAGCUUUUUCGUGAGGUACGGAUUAUGAAGAGCCUUAACCACCCAAACAUAGUUCAGCUCUUUGAAGUGAUUGAAACGGAGAAGACACUGUACCUUAUUAUGGAGUAUGCAAGCGGUGGUGAAGUGUUUGACUACCUCGUGGCCCAUGGGAGAAUGAAGGAAAAAGAGGCACGGGCUAAAUUUCGACAGAUUGUAUCUGCAGUCCACUAUUGUCAUCAGAAGAAGAUUGUUCAUAGGGAUCUGAAGGCAGAAAACCUUCUGCUCGAUGCAGAUUCCAACAUUAAAAUCGCAGACUUCGGCUUCAGCAACGAGUUUACACUGGGCAGUAAGCUAGACACGUUUUGCGGCAGCCCACCUUACGCCGCCCCUGAGCUUUUUCAGGGUAAGAAGUAUGACGGGCCGGAAGUGGAUAUCUGGAGCCUGGGGGUCAUUCUGUACACACUGGUCAGCGGAUCACUGCCUUUUGAUGGCCAGAACCUCAAGGAGCUGCGUGAGAGGGUGUUGAGGGGAAAGUAUCGAGUGCCAUUCUAUAUGUCCACUGAUUGUGAAAGCAUUCUACGCAGGUUCUUGGUGCUCAACCCUGCCAAGCGCUGUACCCUAGAGCAAAUCAUGAAAGAUAAGUGGAUGAAUGUUGGCUACGAGGCAGAUGAGCUGAAGCCACAUGUAGAGCCUGUGGAGGACUACAAUGACCCGGACAGGAUAGAUGUAAUGAUAGGGAUGGGCUUUUCCCGGGAUGAGAUCAAGGAAGCACUGACCACUCAGAAGUACAACGAGAUCACUGCUACUUACCUGCUGUUGAGUCGCAGGAGCGAGGAUGGCAGUGACUCCAGAUCAAGUAGUACUCUGUCUUUAGCACGUGCUCGACCCAGUCCAAUAACCAAUGGUACCAGUAAGCACUCCUCCACCUCCUCAUCCAGCUCUGCUUCCACCACCCACAACAAACCCCAACGCAGUGCCUCCACCUAUCAACGUCAGAGACGGCACAGUGACUUCUGUGGUCCUGCAGUGACAACAGCUCACCCUAAACGUAGCCCCACCAGCACAGGAGAGUCAGACUUAAAGGAGGAGCGUUUGGCAACGAGAAAAGCAGGUUGCGGUGUGGUGGGCAGUCGUAGCAUCCCGCCCUCCAGCCCUAUGGUCAGCACAGCUAACAAUCCCAACAAAGCAGAGAUCCCUGACCGCCGCAAGGAAGCCGUCGUCGCCUCAAACAACGUAUCAGCAAGUGCCAUGACUCGCAGAAACACAUAUGUAUGUACAGACCGCGCCAGCACUGAUCGACACUCCUUAUUGCAGAACGGCAAGGAGAACAGCUCACAUUCUCACCGUUUACCUCCAGCCUCUCCCUCCACACACAGUAUAUCUGGGGCGGGGGUGGCUACAUCCUCCUCAGCCGAACGUUCCCGCUUGAGUCGAGGCUCAACUGUUCGCAGCACUUUCCAUGGUGGCCAGCUCCGGGAGCGCAGGGUGCCUGUACAUGCUCCACCAGCCUCCCCCACCUUGUCCCGUGAUGCCAGCCCGCUGCCUCACGCCCGCACCCGUGCCACCUCGAACCUCUUUAGCAAACUCACGUCCAAGCUUACACGAAGGGUCAAUCUUGACCCCUCUAAGCGUCAGAGCUCAAACAAGUCCGUCUCGGGCUGCCCUCUGCCACAUGGAUCGAAAACAGUUAGGUCACAGACGAACCUGAGAGAGUCUGCAGAUCUCCGGUCACAAGAAGCAAACUGUCAGGUUAAGAACACCAGUCGCCAUCUAUCUGGGUAUCAAAAAGCGCCAGAGCCCCGGCCCCCCCGAUGCGGCUGGGAUGUGAAGGUGCAGAGCGCGCGGGACCCAGCCGAAGUGGUGUUGGCAGUUCGUGAGGCGGCACAGGGCUGCGGUUGCCAGGUGCAUCAAGCGGGUCCGUUCCUCCUCUCCUGUACACACGGUGCUGCCGGCUCCCGAGUGGCUUUCGAGGCUGAAGUAGGCCAUCUCCCUACAGAGGUCAACGGGGUCCGCUUCAAGCGCCUAUGGGGGGCGCCACUUGCUUUCCGGGACAUUGCUACCAAAGUGUCCAAAGAGCUAGAACUCUAAGUAGGGGUUUGAGGGUAUGAGAGCAAAGCAGGGGGGUAAAAUACUAGGAAUCUCCCUACGCCACCUGCACUUUCUGUGGGCUCGUACAGACUCUAAAACAAACAUGGAGAACUUUAUGGCUGCCACAUCCAGCCCCUGCUGAAAGAAAUACCCUCCCCACUGAUUCCUAAUCUGUGUCUUAGCCAAGCUAUUUGCAAUUCCAGUUUUGACAGACAUUUAUCGUCACCACGGCGCCUCGGCUCUUCAUGUCAUUUCCUUUUAACAGCUGCUAUUUCAUACAUGUUGGACGUUCUUUUUAUUCCUUUAAACCGUGCACCAUCCUGAACACUUUGAUUAUAACACACGUCCUGAAGACCAGUUCUUUUAUGCGCAUUUUAUAUGAACAUUUCUGUGGAUCAAAAACAGCCUAAACUCGGGUUUAAAGAGCUGCCUAAUAGGAAUGAAAAGCUUUAUAAGCCUGUGUGAUGUGGGGAUAGGUGAUGGCUGCUCUUCUGAGCCACUAACAUUGUAGCCUUUAUGGCUUUUUUUCUGCGUUUCAGCAGUUGUUCUCAGUAAUGCAACUUCUGUUGUUGUUGUUCUUGUUGUUCAGUAGCACUUUAGGGUUGAGUGAGCAUCACGUGUUUUUUUUUUUUAUUAUUAUUAUUAAACUGUUUUUCCCCAUAAAUGGUACACUGCACCCGUCAAGCCAAGUCAAGACGCAACACUCCUUCUGUUGUUCCGUAAGUAUUAUGCUGUCAGGAAUCCUCUGUUACACAGCCAAAAGGGGUCAAUGCUAAAUGGACAUGAGACGGCAGCUUUCUGUCGAUUUGGUAGAACUUUAAACAAGGAAACGAGUACAUGCACUGUGCAAAAUUGAUUGAUUGUUCAGCAUUUGUUUGAAACCCUGGAGUGUGCAAAUUGUAGCCUUGGAGUCAUCUAACCUUUGUGGAUGUACUAUAUUUUUUGAUAAUGUGACAAGUGUUGGGGUGCUAAAACAUCUGCCAAAUUAUCCUGUGAUUAUAAUUUUAGUAAUGUUUGACGUAAAUUACUUUGUAUUCGUAGCUCAAAAAAGGCUUCUUUGAGUCAGUGUCAUUAGAACCGUGUGCUGUAGUUGGGCUGAUGUAGUGAGUUAGGGUGUGAAAAGAUGUACCGUCCAGUACCAGCUAUUCUUUAUGGGAUUCUAGCUGUACAAUUUCUAUGAGCACUGUUCUGAAAUGUUUCACUAAGGCACAAGGGCUAUCUAAAGAGAGUACUAUUCAAAUUUAAUUUAUCAAUUUGCAUAAAAAAAAAGCUAUUAUAUUGUGAACCACAAUCGACUACCAAGAUAAUUAUUUCCGCUGACCUCCUGCAACCUUUAAAAGAAUCGUCACAGUUUAACAAACUUCUUACUUGUUAAUCUAUCAAAACUGCAUCAUUUUAGCGAGAGAAUGCAUAUUAAAUAUACUCAAAUUAAUUAAAUAUUUCUUUCGAGGUUAUUUUAGCAAAUAGUUUUAUUCUGUUGGAAAAAUCAUUUAGCUUCAUUAAUAAAAUGCUUAAAUUGACCUUCUAAUAGAAUACUACCGUUUUAAACUUAUAAUAAUCCGUCAGUAAAUAUCUAUAAAUUAUAAUUAUUGUCUCAUAGUAAAAAAUAUUUUAUACAUUUGCUUAUAAAAAAUUUAAAAAUCAAUGUAAAACCCAUUUCUUUGAUACAGGCUUUAGUGUAAAAUGGCUCGGGUUUCAUAGGCUUGCUCUUUAUUGGUUCCCUGUACUGGUGGUGUUGAUCCAUGGGUUAUAUGACAUAACCAGUGGGUUAUCAUGGAUGCCAGAAUGUGCCAGUUCAUGUUUACAAUCAAGGUGCAUUUACAUUUCACAGCUCAGUCCAUCUCUUUAAUGAUUUGGUUUCUUGCUGAUACAAUUAGUUAACACCAAAAUCCUUGGAUUACAUAGAAAUAACUUUGCCCUUGACUUCAUAAAGGAUCCAUAACGAAGAUUUUAAAUUGUUCAAAGUUUGAACUGUCUCAAGAAGUGAUGAUGGAAGUCAAUAGUGAAAACCCUCAUGUCCAUGAAAGCAUAUGAAUCAUCUCUGUUCUAUCAGAAUGUGUGUGGGUGUGUGUGUAUACAUGUAUGUGAUUGUGUGAUGGGAGAAUUGAAAUUCCGAAUGGAAAUAUAAAACACUGUGUGGCUUUUGGUCUGUAGUUAAAUUACACAAGUAGUCUUAACCCCUUAAACUAGCAGGCUAUGUGAACAGGUCCAGCUAGAAAUUCUUUACUCCUGUAUGUUCCUACAUUUCCUCUGGUUUUACAGUAAUCACAAAAUAAUUCAUAAUAGUUACAAUAUAGAAAUGUGAUUAAGGGGUUAAGUACUCACAACAAUGUUACAUUAAGUCACUGUUUCACAAACCAGUUUUUGGGGAUCCCUAAUGCCCCACAUUUUGCUCCAUCAUAACUCCCAGUACACCUGGAGAACCUUGAAUACCUGUGAACUGAGGACUGGUUUGGUAAACACUACAGUACGUGCUAUUUUCACUAUAUAUGUCAGUAGACUAAUACAAAAAUAAUAGCCUCUGCUGGUCACAUGGCUUGUCAUGAAAUUAAAAUCUGAAGUAGCCUUACUUACCCUGAGCAAAAAAUACCCCCCUUUAAAUUACACACAGUAUCAAGGACAUGUUUUUUUUUGCUUUGGUUUUUGUUUUAUUCAAUUUUAAUCAGGUUGUGUUCAACAAAAUAUCGUACUGGUUAAAAAAUAAGUUAUCUCCUGAGGUCUAUCAUCGCCUUCUGUCUUUUCUCCUCCUGCAAGGCUAACUGACUGUAUAAAUGUGUAAAAUUGUGUAGGUAAAUUAUGAUUUCAUUUUGUUCUUUUUAAAAGUUUUAGAUUAUUUUUCUUGCCUGUACAUGUACAGAAAGGGGAACAGUUGAUGUGACUGAGGAAUAAACUCGUUGACUUUAAA